AUGAACGUUGAAUAUGGCCAUCGCCCUCAGCAGUCUAAAUGGUCGGGUCGUCUUUGUAACUGUGGAGAAGAUGUUACUACAUGUUGCAUGUCAUGCUUUCUCCCAUGCAUCACCUUCGGCCAAAUCGCGGAAACUGUCGACGAAGGACGAAGUUCUUGCGUUACCCAUAGCAUAGUGUACGGGUUGUUGUUCACGAUUCAGUGCCAUUGGGUCUACUCAUGCUUGUACAGAGAGAAAUUGCGCCAAAAAUUUGGUCUGCCAGAAGAGCCUUGUUGUGAUUGUUGUGUUCAUUUCUGCUGUGACCCGUGUGCCCUCUGCCAAGAACAUGCUGAGCUCAAAUCUAGAGGCUUUGACCCCUCCAAAGGUUGGAUUGGGCCACCAACUGCUGCUCCACAGAUGCCUCCUUCCAUGUUCAAAUGA